CCUAAAAUCUCAACGGCUAUAUUUUCCCUGUUCCAUUUAUUCAAAUUAUUGCUUUGUUUCUCUCAACGGUCCAUUUCACACUACAAAACAAAUACAUCUCCAUCUAUAUUACUCAUUAAUUUUCUUUCAUCUUCACAUCUCUUUCUCUCUGCCUCUGAUCUCUUCCUUCUCAGCUAUCUAAAAAUGGACACUUCUGCUGCUAAAUCUUGCACUACAACCACCACUGUUCAGCGUGUGAACAAGAAAUCUUCGGAUGAGCUUCUUAGGAAAUUUGCAGAAGUAGGAGAAGAUCAUACUGCUUCUGAGGCAAAGAAACGGCGAAAAAUUAGAAGCAAGACGUGGAAGGAAGGUGGAGCUGCUGCUGCUGCUGCUGCUGCUGCUGCUAAUGAAUAUUCAUAUGAGAGUCCUGCUCAUUACACCACCACCACCUUAGUGGAGAGAAGAUCUCUUCUUCCUCAGCUUACUAGGAAGUCUGUUUUGCUCAGGCAACUUGGGAUUGGGAGAUCUCAGCUUAGAGCCAAAGAUAUCAAGAACAAGUCGAUCUUGGUCGCCAUUGAAAAGACAUGGCGAAAGACAGUAGAAGGAGCUUCGAGAGUACUUUUGGAGAAACAUUACAAUCGACAUAGGCGAUUGAUUAGUGACGUUGUCUAGCUUCAUGUCUUUUUUUUUAUAUUUACUUGUUAAAUGGGAGGAUGACUAUUUAAUUAGUCUUUGUUUUUUUUUUAAAAAAAAAAUUAAUUAAUCUUUGUAUAAUAGCAUAAUACUUGCAUGAAAAAUUCAUU